UGAGAAGUCAGUGGGUGGUACCAAUGUUUGUAAGGCAGAGAAGAAACACAGGUGGCGAAGACUGACACUGUGAAACUAGGAAAACUGAAAUAAAAGUAGACCUACGCAACUAUAAACUGAUUUUUCAGCACGAUUCAGUUAAUUGAAUAAAAAUGGGAGGAUCAGAGUCCAAAGGAGCAAGUCCACCAGAAUUUAACAGCCCAUGGAGGCCCAUGUCCUGGGAAAAAGGUGUACUUGAACAGAAACUGAGGGACUUCAAUCUGAACAAAUCAAAGUUUCAGUUUGUCAGGAUUCUGGUUGUUGGUGAAGUCGGAGCAGGAAAGUCCAGUUUCAUAAACUCAGUCAAUAAUGCUUUCCAAGGAAGAAUCACCAGUGGGGCUCUUGUUGAUGGAAUAGGUGGAACCAGUUUCACAAAAAUAUACAAAACCCAUUACAUUGAAGGAAAGGAUGGUUCCCCUUUGCCUUUUGUCUUCAAUGAUAUCAUGGGACUUGAAGACAAAGAAUCUGGUGCACAUGAACAGGACGUCAUCAAAGCUUUACGUGGGUUUCUUCAGGAAGGAUACAAAUUUAAUCCUGCAUCCCCGCUGUCUCCAAAUGACCCUGGCUACAGGAGCAACCCAAGUGUUGAGGAUCAAACCUUCUGCCUGGUCAAUAUUAUUGCAGCAGACAAAGUAUCACUGAUGCAUGAUGGGGUCUUUGAAAAGCUGAAAAAAAUCCGCCAAGAGGCAACAAAUCUGAACAUACCUCAAGUAAUCGUCAUGACAAGACCAGAUUUAGCAUGCCCACUGGUUAAAUGUAACAUAAGGAAGAUCUACACCAGCAAGAAGAUCAAAGAAAAGAUGCAAGAGUGUAGUAAUCGGCUGGGUAUUCCCAUGAAUCAUAUCUUUCCUGUGAAGAACUACCAUGAGGAGAUUGACACAAACAAUGACAUGGAUGUUCUGAUCCUCAAGGCGGUUGAUCAGAUUGUGAACAUCGCUGCUGACGCAAUGAAGGAGAUAUCCCACGGCCAACAUGAGUAAAGAUGCAGAUUCGAACACCUCAGUCACUUUAAUGUAUCAAGAAAUGAUUUCUAAUGUAUUAAAAAACAUGAUAGCAUUGUUACUUCUAAAUGAAGUAGGUUACUAAAAAAGAGAUUUAAAAAAAGAUAAAGGUCUUGGGAAAUAAUACAGGCAUAUAUUAUAAAAUUAUGCAUAUAUAUAAAACUAUGAAGAAAACCUUUUGUGAUCAAAUAAAAUGAUUACAAAGAUGUCUCGGUCAGUUAGUCUCAGUCAUGCGUAAUCAAAACCCUUAUUCGAGCCCUAGUGUUACACAAAUCCUCACCAUUAAUAGCAAUAAACAAUGUGGUUAUUCAGAAUUUAUGCUUAUGAAUCACAUUUCAUGUAGUUGCUAGUUUUCUAUGUGUUUUCCUUUAACCUUGAAACAUUUUGCUUCUUAGCUAAUAAGUAAUGAGUUGCCAAAAUAUGUUAUAAAUAUUGAAAUUGCACAUGCCUUGGUAUAUUCAGUGUUUAACCUCUAUAAGCUAUUAGCCUAGACCUUUCAACAUGUUUGCCAAGGUUUUUGGUUUGGUAUUUUUUGCAUUUGGUUUGCGAUUGUGCUUAGUAAACAGAUUUUCACAUGCAGUUUGUCUCCUCUUGUGAAGUAUUACAAAAAAAACUAUAGAUUAAAAAGCUAAACCUCUGUUAA